AUGGAUCAUUCGCGCGAUCCUUGUCCGUGGGUCAUUCUCAAUGACUUUGGCGGUGCUUUCGCCAUGGGUGCUGUCGGAGGAGCAGUAUGGCAUGGUGUUAAAGGCUUCCGCAAUUCACCCUACGGCGAGCGACGCAUAGGCGCCAUCACAGCGAUCAAGGCACGCGCACCAGUCCUCGGCGGCAAUUUUGGUGUCUGGGGAGGUCUCUUCAACACAUAUGACUGCGCCGUCAAGGGAAUCCGGAAGAAGGAGGACCCAUGGAAUGCCAUCAUCGCUGGUUUCUUCACGGGUGGGUCGCUUGCGGUGCGAGGAGGCUACAAAUCGAUGCGUAACGGCGCGAUAUCGUGUGCCAUUCUGUUAGCAGUCAUUGAGGGCGUCUCAAUUGGUUUCAACCGUAUGAUGGCCGACAACACAAGGCUUGACGCUCCCCCACCACCACCAAGCGAC